GAUACCAGACGAAGAAUAAGGGUCUUAUCAAGCGAAACGAUCAUCAUUUUCUAAAAAAAUAUAACUGUAUAUGCUUUAUAAACACAAAUGAUCGCCUUGCACGUAGACGUAGGACAGGCGUAGGACAUACAGCAUAAGCUUUUUGAAGAAUACGGAAAGCGGAAGCACGUGCAAGGCGAUCAAUUUUAAAGAACCCUUUAUUCAAAAAAGUUUCUAUGUAAGGAUAAUUUGCAUAAUACUUUCAAGUUUAAUUAAAUUUUUUUGUAGGAUAAAGUAUGUUUAUACAUCUAAUUUGUAAGAUGUUAUUCAAAAUAAAAUAAAAAAACAUAAUUAAUUAAAAUUAAAUCCAUAAAAUGGUUAUAUGGGAACCCCUAAAAUUUUCUAGAUAUGAAGCAGUCUUUACUUCAGUCUUCAGUGUCACAUGAUCUUUUAUCAAUGUUAAAAACAGUUGUGUUGCUUAAACCUUUUUGUGGAAACCAUGCUACAAUUUUUUCAGGAAUCUUUGAUGAAUAGAAAGUUCAAAAGAACAGGAUUUAUUUAAAAUUGAGUUAAUCAGUAAUUUCUUAACUCAAUAUUUUGUCAUAUUUCACACAUGUGAGGAUGCAAAUGUUAUGAAAAGUCCAACAGGAUGUUAGGACUGUCAAUUCCGCUAUCGGAAAUGGUUUAGGAGUCGUUGCGUAAGGACAGAAUGACAGAAAAACAGCCAUCAGGACACUGACUGCAGCAGAGGAGGGAGAUUCGACAGAAAGACUUCACUUUAAACAACAUGGAAUCUAUAUCGUAUGACCGGUUUACCACAUCUGAGGCAGAAAUUAAUCACACUGGCCAGAAAUUUAUACAUGAAUCAGGUAGACAGAACAGAAAGAUGUACAUAAUAUAUGGCGUCCUCAUCCUCUAUGUGUUUAUACUGACACUGGCUGUAGGAAUUAAAAUCUCUCAGGUCAGCCAAGACGUCGCUGAUGUUAGACUUUCUGUGGAGUCUAUUGUUGCCUCAAUUAAAGAGGCCCCCAAAACUCUGCAAUUUGAAAAUGCUCAUUUCUCGGAGCUUGUGAUGCCGGAGCGAGGUCCCUGCCAGGAAGACUGGGUGUUUUAUAAAGAUUCAUGCUACUUUCAGUCUUCAGCAAAGAAGAGCUGGCAAAGUGCUGAGAACAACUGUAUCCAGAAAGGAUCACACUUAGUGGUUGUCAAUGACUUGGAUGAGCUUGACUUCCUAUCUGCAAUUGUGAAGACAUCUAACAGCUACUGGAUGGGGCUUGUUGAGAAAGAAGAGGGACAAUGGUCCUGGGUUGAUGGAACAGACUUUAGUGCUACUGAACACUACUGGGAUAUAGGUCAACCAGAUGACUGGGCCGUCCGUCUGAAUGGCGAGGACUGUGGGCAGCUCCAUGCUCGGCUAACUGAGGAAAGACGGAGGCUGUGGAAUGAUGCAGACUGUACGCUCUCUUACCCUUACAUCUGUGAGGGCAAACCCAAGAACCACUGACAAAUAACAACUAAGCUCAAACACUGCAAAAAUCUGUUUCUUAAGCAGCAUUUUUGUCUCUUUUUCCAGUAAAAAUAUCUAAACAUUCUUAUUUGAGGUGCAAGAUUGUAGAUAAUAGACUUAUGAGAAGAUACAUCUUGAAUUUGAAGUUGAAUUGAAGUUUUCUUCAAAUAGUUUUUAUUUUCUUAAUUUAAGCAAAACAUUGUGUUAGAUUUGUGCUUAAAACUAUUUACCAAUGGGGUAAGAUUAAUAAACAUUGUCUAAAAUUUUGCUUCUCAAGUGAAUUUAGGGAUGUUUAGAUGUUUUUAUUAGAAAGACUAAUGAAAUUUUCAGUGUAUGCUACAUAAUGUAACAUUAUUAUUUCAAAAAUGAAUGUGACAGUCAACUAGUAUCCAUGCUAUUUUAUUUUUUAUUUUUGAGUGUUUAAUUUAUAAGGUUUUAUUAUGAAAAUAAUAAUGGCAUGCAAAUGUACUUAACUUGCAAAAGUAAUGUUCUUAAAUAAUAUUUUUGAGUUUUUAAAGAAAGUAAAUUUACUUGAGAAGCAAUUGCAUAAGACUUGUUUUCAGAUAAUUUAUAAUACGGUUUGUUUCUUCCCCUAUUGGCAAAUUGUUUUUAGUUGUUUUAAGCAUAAACCUCAUAAAACCAGAAUAACUGCCAAUGGAAAGAAAAUUAAACUUAAUUCUUAUGAACAUAUAUCCUCUAAAAAACAAUUUUUAUUAUAUUACACUUCAUAUCUAACGUAUUUUUACUGGAAAACAGACUAAAAUAUUAAGAGAAAUAAAGUAAAUAUUUUUAAUUGCACGAAUGUAAAUAGCAUUAAAUAAUCUCUCUGCUAUGAAUCAAAUAUCAAUUAGCAUGAACACAAAAUAAACUGUUACAUGAUA